AUGGAUGAUGGGUCAGUUGUUGAUGCAAGAAGUAUCAAACGAUGGUUAUCGAAGUGUGAAAAAACCCACACCACUUGCGGCAAAUUGGCCACUAAAAACGCACAAGAUCUUAAACUUCUUCUAAUCGACGUUUUUGAGAGGAAAAUCAUAAACGCCGAUUCUUCCUUUCGGUAUGUGGCCUUGAGCUACGUCUGGGGUUCACAUUCUUACGACGACUCGUCCAUGCUCCAAACAACAAGAGCGUCAUUCGAAGAGCUGAAGCAAACUAACGCUUUAGGCGAGUCUGCCAAAAUACCUACCGUCAUCAAGGAUGCAAUGGAAUUCGUUCGGGCGGUGGGUGAACGCUAUCUAUGGGUCGAUCGGCUCAGUAUCGUUCAAGAUGACAAUGAGCACAAACACUAUUAUAUCCAUCGGAUGGACGUCGUCUUCGCAGUAUCCGUUUUCACAAUCGUCGCGGCCUCAGUUAGGCACAGUGAUGACUCUUUGCCAGGGAUACGCCGCACGAUAAGACCACCACUACUCAGCUUUAUUGACGGAGAGACCUUUUCUAUAGUAACAUCACCCCACCGCGAGAUCGUACUCAAUGACACCGUAUACCAAAGACGUGGCUGGACAUUUCAAGAGAUGCAUCUGUCUCGGAGGUGCGUCAUAUUCACAGAAACCCAUGUCAUGUGUGAAUGCCGGGAGCAAGCGGUGUCAGAAGUGCCUAAAGGUCCGUAUGGUUAUCAAAAGCAUAUGCCUGUUAGGCCGCUUCGCCGUCUUGAACAAGCAAGGGUUUAUACUUACGCCAAUCUUGUUCGCGUGUAUACGACGCGCCAGUUAACGUAUGAAUCAGACCUUCUGAAUGCUUUUGCGGGUCUUUUGUCAUUUCUCUCUGCCCGUAUGGAUUGGGGAUUUGCUUUUGGGCUCCCUGGAGCUGAGCUGAGUUUGGCUCUGCUGUGGUGUCCGCAACCCGGAGCUUCUAGGCGGCAGCUCAUUGAUCCGAGCCAGCGUCUAAAUGCACGUCUUCAACUUCCAAGCUGGUCGUGGAUUGGGUGG